UAAACCAUAUUUCAGCUUGAAAAGAAGAAGCGUCAGUAACCAUCGAACUUACGGCUUAUACUAUAAUUUUAUACGAAUUCGACAAAAUCUAGGAUAAAAGUGUAUUAUAUAAGUGCAGUAUGCAUCUAACGAUAUUGACCUGGAUAUUGACCGGAAUUUCAAUAACAACUGCAGCAAACGUUUGGGUAGACACUCUCACAAGUAAAAUCGCGCGUCAAAUUCAACCCAAAAACUUAUUUGUGUACACUUCUAAAGCUAACAAUAUUGUAACGUCGAAAAGCGACUUGCUCAUACAGAAAGUCAACCAAGAGAUUCCUGUACUAACUCUUGAUUUUAAAGAUGUUAAACGUAUACGUUACGGUGAAUCUUUGAUUGUGCCAGAACGUAAGCUGGUUGAUAAAGAUUUGGAAUUAAGUUUGGUGCUGUAUCAUCGUGAUAACGAUUCAAGUUCAAACUUACAGAAGUUGGAAGGCCUCUUGAUUGACUUUACGAAAGCUUAUGGAAUAUUCCCACGACCAAGAUGCUUAAUAAUUUUCUUCAACAACAUCGCAAGCUUGAAGGUUGAGUUUGAGUCGUUUCUAGAACGAGCUUGGAGUCUCAAAUUUUUGGAUCUCAUAGUCAUCGAAGUGUUUUUGAAUGAUAAGAAUAUUGAAGAUGAUUCGCUUUACAUCUAUUCCUACAAUCCGUUCUUUAAAAUAUAUCAACAAGAAUUUUUCAACGAAACUGCAUCAAUUUUUCCAGACAAGCUAGUAGAUUUAAAUGGCCUUGAGUUCAUUGUAGAAGCUCUGCACUAAUCAACUAAAAACGAUGCGAUCGACCUUCCCAGAAAAAUCGUAACGAAAAACGGGAUCGUUUCGAGAAUGGAAUUCUCUAUUGCCGCCAAAAGCGUGAAUUCUUCUUUAAACUUUUAAACCACUUCGCAUCACCAAAGUGCUGGCUACAUAACAUGCCAAAUUGUCGAUGGCGUUCCAAAAUUAAAAAUCCACGUACCAGAUCUCUGCACUUCAAUAGUGGCAGUUGGUCCAAUCAUCUAUCAGAAAAUCCUAAAUUUCCCUCUGAAUAUAAUCGUCGAUCUGUUUGUAAUUCCAUUUAUAUUCAUUUUGCUCACUGCGAUUGAGCGCAAAUGCAACGUAAUGCCCCAGUCAUGUCGCACUUUUUACAUUCUUAGACUGUUAUUUGGAAUUCCGUUAAGCAGAGUAUCGAGGCCGAAGUUAUUGUCCGGAAAGAUAAUAAGUUUACUCAUCAUUGCAUUGUCUCUCAGAUAUUCUAUCGUAUUUUACGAAAAUCUUCUGGGCAUUAAAUUGCAAGACACUGAAUUGACAUUCGAUACCAUUGAACAAAUAAACGAAUCUAAAUUUCCUGUUUAUAUAAGUCAGUACAAUUCCAUGUAUGAACGACUAGAAACCAGGUACGAUCAUCUAUUUGCAAAUCAACGUGUGUUGUACCCAGCCUCAAGGAAUGUAUCAAUAAUAUUCUGAACAACAGAAGCUGCUUCUGCUUUAUGGAGGAUUUCGAUGCAAAAGUUCUUCUUCAAAAAUAUCGAGAUCCAGACGGGAAUCCAUUGUUUCAAUUAGUUUAUCCUGAAUUUCAGUACAUGUUAAAAACAUUCGCGUUUCAAAAAGCCUCUCCGUAUGUUUUUAAAAUGCGACGACUUUUGGCGGCGAUUUUUGAAUCUGGAAUGGCCUUGACAUUCAUAAACAAUAAUUCACCGAAUGAAAAGAUCGCAGAAAAAAUGAUCGAUUCUUUAACCAAUUCUGAUCUAUUCGUCCUGAGUGCAGUUUUAUUUAUUGGUUGUUGUUCGGCGUUCGCUGUCAUUUUUUAGAGAUAUUCUACUCCGUGUUGGGCAAAGAAACCUUGGAUAUUCGCUCAAGUAAAGGUGGAGCGUAAAUAAUGAUAUUAUUAUAUCGCAAAAAUCGUUGUAAAAUAGAUUUUUCAGUGAAAAUGAUUUAUAUGAGCAAUUUUUAAAAAUAAUAAUAUAUUAUGCAACAGUUACAAGUGUAAUAGAGCUGUGAUUUUGUUCACUAAUCAACACAAUAAAUUAUAUCAUUGUUGAGCAAGCUUGAAACGAGUGGUUUACUUUUACAAUGGAGAUAAAUAACAAACUCACCUCUUCA